AGCAUUCGAUUAGUGUGGGAUCUCGAGGGCGCAUCGUUUAUUUACCGCGAUUGCUCGCGGUUUGGUGAUUUCAAAUUCAAUUUAAAAUACGAAUUUUCAAGUGCAUCGUUUGAAAACACAGUUGAAAUGUUCCCGCAGAGUUCUCAGAAAAGGUACUGGAUGUUCUCUGAUGAAAAUGAUUUGACAGUACUGAGGGAGAAAACAAACGCUGAGUUUAUUGAAAGACAUGGGGUGAAUAUGACGUCAGAGGAAAGGGAGGAACAUUUCCUAUCAUCUACAGAGGAGCGUACAUUGUUACGCUUUUAUGAGUUGCAACUGAGAGAUUUCUGUCGUCGAUUUAGCCCUCCAAUGCCACGGGCUACAAUAGCAACUGCGUUGCACUACUUUAAAAGGUUCUACCUAAGAAACAGUGUCAUGGAUUAUCAUCCGAAAGAGAUAUUAGUUACAUGCGUUUACUUGGCUUGUAAAGUAGAAGAAUUCAAUGUUUCUAUAUAUCAAUUUGUUGCCAACAUUAAGGGUGACAGAGAUAAAGCAUCUGAUAUUAUACUUAAUAAUGAGUUACUUCUUAUGCAACAAUUGAAUUAUAAUUUAACAGUGCAUAAUCCGUUCAGACCUGUAGAAGGAUUAAUGAUUGAUAUUAAGACAAGGUAUGCAUCAUUGGAGAAUCCAGAAAGGCUAAGACCAUAUAUAGAUGAGUUUUUAGAGAGAGUCUUCUUAACCGAUAGCGUUUUACUUUAUGCUCCAAGCCAAGUUGCAUUGGCAGCCACAUUACAUGCAGCAUCUAGGGCAUCUGCAAACUUGGAUAAUUAUGUGACUGAUAUUUUAUUCUCUAAGGAGCAUUUAGGGUGUAUAAUUGAAGCAGUAAGAAAAAUAAGGUCUAUGGCAAAAUGCGUAGAACCUCCAUCGAGGGAUGUAGUAAGGGCUCUGGAAAAGAAAUUAGAGAAAUGUAGAAAUCAGGAAAAUAAUCCUGACAGUGAUAUAUAUAAGCAAAGAAUGCAAGAAAUGUUGGAUGAGGAAGACCUACAGGAUAACGAGAAAUAUGCUAAAAUAAUACAGGAUCAAGCAGCCCAUGAUGAGAAGGUCUUAGGAGUUAGCAAAGUUUUGUCUCCUUCAGCUCUUUAGUAAAUAGAUCCUAAGUUACCAUAAGAAAAUACUGUAACAAAUUUCAUUAAUAUAAGUUUUAUACGAAAAUUCGUUUGUACAGUUAAUAAAUAAUUUAUUAUGUAGCAUAUAAGACAAAAAUACAAUAUUAUUUAUGAGUAUACUUAUUUGGAGAUGAAAAUAUGUUUGUUCAGUUCGUCGAUUAAAAAUGAACAGACUGCGUUCGAAAAAAAUCUCCAUACUGUAUAUAUUGCAUCUCUCCUUACAAUAAAUGCAA